CUCGUUCCUCGCAUUUCGUCCCCCCAGUCAUGAAAAGAAAUCGCCGCCCCUGAACGUUAGUAACAAUCGCAAGCAAAACUGACUGUCCAGAUAUCGAUGAAUUCAGUCGACUCCUGAACGUCAUACCAUGGGGAUCAGCCAUCUAUUAGGCUUCACUUGCGUGGCAGUCGUCUUGUACCAAUUUGGCGCCCACGGCAAGCCCCAUGGAGGAAAGGUUCGCUAUGACAAUUUUCGGGUUAUCAGGAUGGUACCGAAAAGUCAAGAAGAGCUGGAAUGUCUGAACGAUUUCAUAGCAAGCAGACAUGAUCUUGACGUCUGGAAAGAACCGAGUAAAGUGGGCCACCACGUGGACAUCAUGAUACCUCCUCGACCAGCCGACUUGGAAGAUGUUGUCAUCAUGGCAACAUAUGCUGGCAUUCAACGAUCGAUCAUGAUUGAUGAUGUCCAGCAGCUGAUUGAAAACGAGUCACUGUCUCAGAAUCUACCUUCACGGUCACUUACCGAAUUCGACAAAUUCGACUACACUAUAUAUCACACUUUUGAAGAGAUUGAUGCAUGGAUUGAUGAUGUUGCAGACCAGUACAGCAAUCUGGUUAGCGUGGAGGCGGUUAGUUCAACACAUGAAGGCAAACGUGUAAGGGGGCUCAAGAUUGGGAAACCAUCAGAAAACCCGAAGCCAAUCGCCUACAUUCAAGGGGGAAUACACGCCAGGGAAUGGGUCAGCCCAGCCACUGUUAUGUUCAUGACUUAUAAGCUUCUGAAGGCAUACGGUGAAGAUGCUACUGUAACUGAAAUGUUCGACAAACUAGACUGGUAUAUUGUCCCUGUACUCAACGUAGAUGGCUAUAUCUAUACAUGGACCAAUGACCGUAACUGGCGCAAGAACAGACGGAUGGCACCUGGUAAUCUUUGUGUCGGCACCGACCUGAAUAGAAACUACGAUUACAAAUGGGGAGGCCAAGGAGCAAGUCCGUUGUCAUGUUCCAUCAAGUAUCGUGGCACGGGACCAGCCUCCGAGAUCGAGGUGGUGGGGAUCACAGAUUUCUUGACAAAGAAGAACCAGACGGCCGACAUCCACCUCAGUCUCGACUUCCAUAGCUACGGCCAGCUCUGGCUUUAUCCAUGGGGCUACACCGAUGAUACGACCGUUCUACAACCCAAUAGAGAACGACAGCGAGCCUUAGGACUGAAAGCCAUUGAAGCCAUCACUGCUACCCAUGGAAAGACCUACUUUGUCGGGGAGGUUGGGCCCUAUCUCUACCCGGCAUCUGGGGGCAGUGUCGACUGGCUUUACGGUGAAUUGGGGAUCAAGUAUACCUACGCCAUCGAACUCCGUGAUGAGGACAAGUACGGCUUUUUCUUGCCCGAAAAGGAGAUCCAACCGACCACUGAAGAAAUCUACGCCGCCAUCUUGGUCGUCGGGCAACAACUCAUCUCCGAAUUAUAAAUAUAAAUUACCCAGAGGCGUUUUAUUUGUUUUCAUUGGGCCUUGGGGGGACCCAAAAUUUGCUGACCUUAUGCCAUCAGAAAAUAAUGGAAUUUGUCAAUGAAUAUGACGAACAUACAAGCAAAAUUCUAGUCAUUUUUUUUUCCAUCGUCACAUUUUAUUUGGAGGACGGUGAUAAUAGCAUAAAAUGUUUUGUUGUGCGUAAGUACAACGCGAAGACAUCAAAUCAAUCGGUCUUGCUGUCACAAGUGGCAGAUAUAUUAAAA